AGUGCCUACGAUACCGUUGAUCGCAAUAUCAUUUGGCGUGAACUGGAAACUCGUGCCUCUUAUCCUUUACUUGGUCUCCUCCGCAGCUUGUUUGAUGAUGUCUCCAUUCAAGUCUUGCUCUCUGGUGCUACCUCAGAUCCUUUUCAUCCUGCCACUGGUGUCCUUCAAGGUUCAAUUCUUUCUCCACACCUUUAUUCCCUUUACAUCAACUCGCUCCCCAAUGCCCUUCGUAAUAUAGAAUCACUACCUCCCUAUGAUGAUGACUUUGUGCCUGUGCGUCCUCUGUAUCGGUCGGUAAGUGGUCUGUGGAUGAAUUGCUUACUAUAUGCAGAUGAUGUUGUUUUGAUUGCCGAUGCUGCCACCAUGCCUCACUUGCUUUCCAUAGCUGAAGCCCACUCCUACCAACUCGGCUAUCGCUGGAACCCUGCCAAAUGUAUUGUUAUAAAUGCAUCUGGUAUGGGCAAUUCUCCUCCUCUACAACUUUACCACCACCCUAUUCCAACAGCUGACUCCUUUGCAUAUUUGGGCAUACCCUUCAACAAUGGCACACGCAUUGAUCCCUCCCUCCUCAUCCAACGCAACACAAGUUCAACUAUUGCAGCAAUGCGAACACUUGAAACAUUGGGCUGCAAUCCUCGUGGUUUCCCUCGCCUUCUUGCGAUACGCCUUUACCAACAAUUCAUCCGACCAAAGAUGGAAUAUGGUUUGGCUAUCACACCUUUCAACAAGGCUCACCUUCGCAAAUUGGAACAAGCACAAGAUUCCUGCUUACGCAGAAUCUUUGGCGGACAUAGCAAAUCAUCAACAAAAGCUUUCCGUCAUAUGGCCAACCUUCCCACAAUGCAGGAUCGUGUUGCCAUCCUUGGUGCAAAAUUCCUCAUCCGUGCUUUCUCCCUCCCUGAUGAUGCUCUCUUACCCAUCAUGAAGCCUCUCAUCUCCAAUAGCCAUGUCCAUCUCUGGCACAAGCUAACGACCACCAACACCAUUUGGAACCAAUUACCACCUCCUCCACAAGAAGCCGAUCGACGUACUCUCAAGACCACCAUCAAAAAGAUGCGUUUAGAUCGCUUUAUGGAAAUGCGUGAUAACCCUCACUCUGGUGUAAUCGAAAAGAUCAGGGCACCCAACUCCUGA